AUGAGUAACGCACAUGACUCUGUCUCCAAGCAAAUGGAUGUCCAAACUGACAUCGUCACCCUAACCAGAUUUAUCUUGCAAGAACAACAAAAAUUGGCUCCCAAUGCCACAGGUGAAUUGAGUUUGUUGUUGAACUCGUUGCAAUUUGCCUUCAAGUUUAUUGCUCACAAUAUCAGAAGGGCUGAAUUGAUCAAUUUGCUUGGUGUUUCUGGUACCGCCAACACUACUGGAGAUGUUCAAAAAAAGCUUGAUGUUAUUGGUGAUGAAAUUUUUAUCAAUGCCAUGAAGAGUUCUGGAAAUGUUAAAGUACUUGUUUCAGAAGAACAAGAAGAUUUGAUUAUUUUCCCUGGAGGUGGUCGUUAUGCUGUUUGCACUGAUCCAAUUGAUGGUUCGUCCAAUAUUGAUGCUGGUGUUUCAGUUGGUACCAUUUUUGGUGUAUACAGGAUCCCAGAGAACUCCCCUGGAUCAAUUAGUGAUGUGCUUAGAAAAGGAACCGACCUAGUUUGUGCAGGUUACACAAUGUAUGGUGCAUCAGCUCAUUUGAUGUUGACUACAGGAAAUGGAGUUAAUGGAUUCACUUUGGAUACUCAAUUGGGUGAAUUCAUUCUUACUCAACCAAACUUGCGUAUUCCUGAAAGUAGAGCUAUUUAUUCCGUAAAUGAAGGUAACUCAUACUACUGGCCCGAAUAUGUCAAGAAAUAUUUUGAAGAUUUGAAAAAGCCACAAGAAAAUGGAAAACCAUAUUCAGCAAGAUACAUUGGUUCAAUGGUUGCCGAUAUUCAUAGAACUUUGUUGUAUGGUGGUAUUUUUGCUUAUCCGGGAGACAGCAAAUCAAAGAAUGGUAAAUUGAGAAUUCUUUAUGAAGGUUUCCCAAUGGCUAUGUUGUUGGAACAAGCUGGUGGUAAAGCUGUUAAUGAUAGAGGUGAAAGAAUCUUGGAAAUUUUACCAAAGGGUAUCCAUGACAAAUCCAGUAUUUGGUUAGGAUCUAAGAAGGAAAUUGAAAAGUUUGAAUCUUAUAUUUCUAAAUAG